UCACAAAUAAAAAAGUUGUUAUAAUAGAACUUGAUUUUAAUUGGUCAGUUUGUAAGGCAGCUAAAUGCUAUAGUGGUUCGAAAUGAACAAUUUGUUCGGUGAUUAUACCGUUGCCUUGAAAAAUGAUCCAGCCCAACUUUCGUAAAAAUAUAUUGUCAAAUAAAAAACUUUUCUAUAAAAAAGUAGAUUUUGAUCGCUGUUUGUAUCGAGGAAAUAGUUCGCAUAGACAUAGCUAGAUCGACUCAGCUCGUCAGGCUACUAGGUAGGGUCUCCGACGUUUCUUUCUAGAUGUUGAAAACUUCGUGGCAAACUUAAUAUACGCUGUUCGGGCAAUAAAAAUAUAGCAGUUGUUCAAUUUAAUUUGAGCCAUGGCUACAAGUUUUGCUGCCAACAAGAGUCAAAUUAUGAAUAGUAGAUAACUGCAUCCUCUUUGACUUUGAAAUCAUUAAAAGCUAAAGCUAAUUGGACGAAACCGGUACUAGAAGAGGUGCAAUAUCUUGGUGCAGCAGAACCGAAAAAGUUCUCAAUUUUUGUUGACUAAGUAUUUUGGUUCAAAUAGUACUUGAUCAGUCGAAUAUAAGACGAGGAGAUUAAGUAUUUCAUUCUCAGUAAUCAGGAAAAGAUGAAUACGAACGUUUUAUCAAGGAAGAUUCGAGUAAACGUUCCAUGUCUGUGGGGUUUAUAUAAAUGGAACGGACCUAAACUAAUAUUAAUUACAAUAACAAUUCUGGCUCUAAUCCCUUCAAAUGAAAUAACAGUAUUCGUUUGGAUGAAAUCCAAAAAAUCAAUGAUCGUACAGCAAUCAAAAGGUUUCGACAAUUCCUAGAACGUUCUCCAUAUAAUUACUACAACAGUCACGACCAUGUCCAAUUACAACAUUUCCUUUAAGAAGAAGUGUAAUAAAUUAAAGUUUAUGAAUAUAUGACAAUUUAAUAGUAAUGAUACAUUUGUGCAUGCAUAAAAAUACAUAUGUACAUAUGUAUUUAGAUAUAACCACAACAGGUGUAAACUAUUGAUUGGCGAUAAACUAGGCUCAUGUGCCCUGUGUCACUGCUGGAAUAUUAUGGACACGUAUUAAUUUGCGUAACCCACGGUUACCAGUGAGCCAUAACAAAUGACUCCUCAUCUUUGUUAUCUAUUACGCGAAACUUAAAUAAUAUUUUACAAUCAAAUGCGAAACCGUUAGGGGAAGCUAAUAGAACUGAAAAAAUACAAAAUAUAAAAUAUUAAAUAAAUUACUUUUAAAAAAGUGAAAGUUAAAAAAUCAAAAAUUAAUAUGAAGCAUCAACAAGUUGUUGUAGAUUACUGGAAUAUGAUAAAAACCUCCUUUACCUGUUUGUUAUUGGCCUUCUCCGGUUAUAUUUUAAUCAAAAUGGUACAAACCAUAUUUUGGUUACCAGGCUAUUUACAGAAGAAUCAAAAACGUUUAGAAGAGUUGGCCUCGCAGUACUCUUUGGAACUUGAUGAUGAUAAAAGUCUUACGGAUGUGCUGAAAGCACAGAUAGAAACCACUAUAGAGGAAAAACUGCCGAUAACAAUUGAAAAAAGUGAUGAGACUAACGCCAUUGGUGCAGAUGUUGCGGCGAAUGUGCAAAGCGAGCCCAAAAAACAAAAAUAAAUGUGUUUCAUAUUAGCGUAAACUCUUUAUUACAAUUUUAUAUUACUUUAUUUAUGUGCUAUGUACCUUUGCAAAUAUAUUUAAAUCUUUUAUAGUACAGCUAUAAAUCUAUGUCAACUCUACUAUAACCGGCAUAUCCUCAGGAUCUUCAUCCAGCAAACCCUCAAAAUGCCAUUGUAGAGUUUUUUGUAACUUUCUACUAAGUUUAUCGGCACUUACGCCCAGACCACCCAUAUUUAGGUUAACUAACAGCGAUCGCACAUCUUUAUACACUGAGUUGUAUUCACCUGGUUCCAUAAGUUCUUCGGGCAGGUGUGGUAGCUGUUGCAUUAAUGCUUCAGCGUAUUUCAUAUAAAGUAUUUUAAAAUUUUGCACCGCUUGCUCAGAGUGUCCCAACAAAUGUAGUAUAUUACGCCAAUAUGACAGAGAUUCCACCGAACAACCAACCAGAUAAAAAACAAAAGCUAAUUGUUCCUCCUCGAUCAAGGCUUCCGAACUGUGAAAUUUACCAACAAGUGUCUCAAUUGCACACACACAAUCAAUGCUGUGACGGGACACUUCAGCAGGCGACGCAUUCUGUGGAACACGCGUUGGUAGUUCGGUAAAACGUGGCGCAGUACCUUCUACCGGUUUCAGGUUGGGUAGCAAGUCACUUUCAUUUACAAUUGUUUUAGUGCUUUGUUGCUGUAAAUUAUUUGUGUGUAACGUGCCUCUUGGUCGAUCCUCAUCAGAACAAGAUUGCAAUUCUACAUUAGUACGUAUUGGCCCCAAGGUCGGUCUGCAACGUUCUACUGUGCUCUCGGUCACUUUGUCCGUUAGGAGUUUCCAUUUAUUAUAAAAUCGAUAAUCGUAAGGUGCCAGAAAGCUAUCAAAUUCCUUGAGAUUAUCGCGGAUACGUUUCUUUUCUAAUUCUUUGUCGUCAGCCUGACUCUCUUGCAUUUCUUCAUCGCGUUGACUCCACUCACGCACAACCACCUCUUCGCUUUUGAAGUAAUGUACAAAACCCACACGUGGAGCAACAUCGCCAUAUGGACCGCAGGACGCACACCAGAUGUAAUGAGGACCGGGCGGUAUCAUUUUUACGCCACGAAAUUUUUCACCGAUUGUGUAGUUGCAUAGAUCAAUGCCGAAUUCUGUGCCGACUGGCGCUCCUGUGAUAACCAACACCGCACCGGAAGCGAAUAACUUUUUGGCCAUUUCAGGAUCCAUUUCCAUUGCGGAUACGUCAACAUUCAUGGCUUUAUUUAUUUGAAUAUUUGCUCACCCAAAAAUUAUGUUUUUCUUAUGUUGAGAAAACAAAUUUUGAUUUUUAAUGCAAUCAGCUGUUUGAUGUAUACAAAUGAAAAAUAGCACCCACACGAUGGUACAUAGUGAUGCCGUACUUUUUGAAAUUCACAAUUCAUUUAUUUUAAACCAGUACCUGAUAUGGGUUUUAUAACUAGGACUACUCUUAUUUAAGAUCUAAAAAAAACCGAAUAUAUUUAAAGAAAAAAUCGUGUAUGCAAGUACAUAUGUAUAUAUGUACUGGUUAUAAAUUAAAAUAAUUUAUUAGCAUAUGUAUAUUAUUACCGUUGAUUUUAUGUCUCGAAAUUUGAGCAAAACUUGUGUUCAGCGAACUAAUCCAUUUUAAAAAAUUUGCCAUUAAGCCCCAAACCAAAUGGAAAUUAUUUUUUAUUACAUUUAUAGAUAUAUA